AUCCGGACUGGCAGGACGCACUGCUCCAGGCUGCAAAAUCACAGUCGUUUUUCACGCAUAAGUUCUCCAAAACCGCACGAGAACAGAGAGGAUUUUAAUGUGACAAGUGAUGAAUCUGACAUGUUUGACGAGGGGCGGUGCAACACCACGGGGAUACUGGAGGAUCGUCGUCUUGACAGUGAACAUAUUUGAACGUGAUAGCCACGGAGCUCUUGCGAGACACGUGAAGGAUCCACAAGCGUGAUCGUGCACAUGGGGAGCGCGAUUCAUCGUGCGGAGAUCCGCGUAUUCGCGGACACUUUGGACACGUUUUUACUGAUUCUCUGCGGGCUAUACUUUGACUGUUAAUGCAUCUGUUUGUUUAAUUGCAUUAUUCAGUAAUUUCCAGCACAACAGGACUGACUCGGAUGAUGUUAAACUAACGGGAUUUUUAAAGCACCUCAUAGUGUCCACUACACGGACAUCUCCAUAUUCUCAGUCCGAUAUAGGAUGCGGCAGGGAUGAUCCCGGUACAGCGCGUCAAAGCUCAGCCUCAGCUGUGGCACAUGAGCGCGGAUGCUCCUCCGUGGCUCUGGAUGAUCCCGACCACCUCCGGACUGUGUCGGGUGACCGCGACUCCUCCGGUUCUCCUUUCCUCUCGACCUCCUCCGGUGAUGCACACGGUCCCGUUUCUGCCGGUGAUGCGCGCCGCCGCCACAGAACCCGCGAGCAUCAGUCAGUUCACCUUGCCCGGUGUUCAGUGGGAUUUGCCGUCCAGACCUUAUAUGUUGGGUUUCCAGCCCCCCACGGGUGUGGAUCUCCUUCCAGUGUUCCCGCAAGUGUACCGAACAGUCCUGCCUCCACACUAUGGCAAGAGAUGGGUGGAAAAACGUGUGCCUGACUACAAGUUUUAUCUAAACAACACUUUAGCCCUGGAGACCAACUGGAUUAAUCCAGAGGAAAUAGGAAUUUUCCAACGUCAAGAAAAGCCGGCGCUGCGGACAAAUCAAACAGCGUUGAGGAUAUGUAGGCCAGCCGCUGCCUCCAGGAAUAUCCACACACUGCUUUUGACACCCAGGCGCAUUUCAGGUUGUCCUGUGGCCAUCAAACGAGGAAGGUCUAAAGGAAUUACACUCGCAGCCAUGAUGGCGAUGGAAUCUGACUUGGCUCAGGGACCACAUGCAUCUUCUGCCCAUCCCCUCCGCCUGCUCUCACUAUCACCGCUCAAACUUCCCUUCCUGACAGCACCUCACACAGAGGCAAACCAGACGGCUUUGGACGAGACCCGGGAGAACAAGGAAGAAGGUUGUACGCAGGCGCAGGGACUUGGUGUUGUUGUGUGUCAGUGCUUCACAUUGCCACCUAGCCGCCUGGAGUGCAUACCAGAGCCGGCACCAGACCAUAACUAA